CUUUGGACAUAGGUGUUUUUGGUUAUAUCGUCAUACUUUAACAUAAGUAAUACCCUCCCGAAGUUUGGCACAUUCCACCUGGGACAGCCUGUAUAAGUGAUAUGUAGUGAGUUUUUGUAGUGUUUUCAAGAAUGUUAAGAUUUCAAUUCACCCACAGUGGAUUCAAAAGUUUUCCCUUUUAUGUACAUAUAUGUUCUUUGCAUGAAGAAUUCUUGCUUAUUACAAUGUGGUGCGCUAAGUGAAGUACAUAUUGUCAUUGGUGUUAUGCUGGCAAUCCUGUUAAAUGACAGUGUAAAAUGUGCACAUUAGUGCGUAGAGUAUGUGUUAUAGCAUGAAGAAUGAUGGCAAGUGAAUUGUAAGUAUGUAUAUAUGUAUUUCGGUGAGAUAGACAACGGAUUACAUUCUUGCCAUCUAAUCCCCCAGGCUUACACGUGCUAGCAGGUAGUAUACAACAUCAGGGAAAUAUUUUGUUUCCCUCUUUUAAACUGCUUACAGGAAAGUAGGAUUUGUUACAGCUGACAUUCUUUUAAUUGUAUUUUAUAGUUUAGUGUGGAACAUAUAUAGUCAUAUGUUCGUUUUUGUUUUAAUGCUUAGAAGAAUGUUGAAUGAUUUUCCUUAGCCUCAGAUCGUAAGCAGUGAUUUCCCUAUCUAAUAUUUGAGCACUAGUAUUGUAGGUGGAUAUCGUUCAAUUAAAGUAUAUGUAUAUCCUUAACAUUUGUCGAAAAAUAAAAUAUAGUUAGUAAUGGCAACAUUCGAAGGAGAAUAUUUCGGGAAAUGUUGGAAAUUGUAAGAGUCAGGCUUUUAUUACAUUUGCCAAAUAAUCCUGUCCAGUACUGUACUGGAAGAUGAUGCCAUGUUUCCAAUAUUCUGUAAGAUAUAUUAAUUUGCCAUAUAAUCCUCCGCAUUACUGAAAUGAAGGAUGAAUAUCAGAUUUCCCGUAUUCUCUAAGGUAUGUUACUCUUUCCCAUAUAGAUUUCAGUAUUAAUUGUAAUUCUGUAAAAUAUGAUAUAUAUAUUAUAUGCUGUAUAUAAUUUAUUAUGCUUUAAUGUAACCAAAAAUCUAUGUUAUGUGAGGGUUUUAAGUGUAAGUUGUUACCAAAAUUGUGAAGUUAAAUAGAAAUAUAUUUGAUGAAAACAACACAAGUAUUCUAUGUAUGUUGUAGUUCACAAUGUCCAAUGCAUUUGGGUAAGGUGAGUUUGGACUGAUAUGAAUGAAAUGUUAUUACUCUACAGACACUGGUGAGAAACUUUCUGGUUUUGCAACCCUGACCCCUUGUGCUUCAGAGGUUCGUACCCCCUUAUGUUUUUUUUUUUUAAUUUUGAACUGCGUUCAAUAUUACUUCACUCAUGUCCUUUGGAACGGGUAUGAGUGAAAUGAUAUUGAACCCAGUUCAUAAGAGAAAAAAAUAACAACGGAGUAAGAACCUCUGCAGCACAAUAUAUGUGGUAGUAAAAUAACGUAUUGCCAUUCAUGCGAACUUGAGGGCGGAGGCGAGGUCGCAUUGGAUGGUAUGGUAGCAUUUUAUUUUAUUGAUGAUGCUGUCGGUGCUGAUGGCCAUUUCUCAUUUAGUCAAGGUACGUCUGCCUAGAGAUGGCAGCAGUAAUGUCAUGUGACGUCACCGCGGAAAUUAUGUGUUGUCAUGGUUAUGUGUGUGAAUAUAUAUAAAACGGCUUUGUGUAUCAAAAGGUUCCUCUUAAUAAAGCAGGGAUACAUUGAACACUGAUUCUUACUUAUCAUUCGAUCCACGUAGAAGUAAUAAAAAUAACACCAUUAACCAAGAGUUUCCGGGGGCUGGUUUCUACAAACUCCCAAUUUUCAAUUCUACUAGUCUUACACAAGCGUCCACGCGAUAUAUCAGUGUCGCCAUCUACUACAAACGAAACGGGCGAGAAAUUUAAUUUCAUGUAAGAGAACGCAAGAGAAAGAGUGAAUUGCAAAGUAGUUCCGUGUUAGUGGGGUUAGGUAUCGAUAUCAUCAACACCCGUGUUAAAACAUAAUGGCACGUCAGCAGGGAGAGGUCGAUGAAUUAUUUGAUGUUAAGAAUGCGUUUUAUAUUGGAAAUUACCAACAAUGUAUCAACGAAGCACAGAAGCUGAAGCCUAGCACUUCAUCUCUUCAAGUAGAAAGAGAUGCAUUUCUCUAUAGAGCGUACAUUGCUCAGAGAAAAUAUCGAGUGGUCCUUGAUGAGAUCAGUGCAGCUUCUCCUGCUGAAUUGCAGCCUCUUAGACUCUUGGCGGAAUAUUUUGCUGUUCCGUCAAAAAGAGAAAGUCUUGUCUCAAGCUUGGAUCAGCAAGUCUCUGGGAAUGUGGAUGUUAGCAAUCACACAUUUAUAAUUGUAGCAGCAUCAAUCUAUUACCUUGAACGCAAGUAUGACUCGGCUCUAAGACUUUUGAAUGAAGCUGAUCAUCUUGAAUGCUCAGCUUUAUCACUACAGAUCUACUUGAAAAUGGAUCGGGUUGAUCUGGCUUGGAAGGAACUUAAGUCAAUGCAAGAAAUGGAUGAUGAUGCUACACUAACACAACUUGCCACAGCUUGGGUGUCCAUUAUGAUGAAUGGAGAAAGAUUGCAAGAUGGCUAUUACAUCUUUCAGGAGAUGAAUGACAAGCAUAGUAGUACAUCCUUAUUACUGAAUGGACAGGCAACAUGUUUUCUUGGGCAGGGAAAGUAUGAAGAAGCCGAGUCUUCUCUUCAAGAAUCUCUGGAUAAAGACAGUAACAAUCCAGACACACUUAUCAAUAUGAUAGUACUGUCCCAGCAUACAGGAAAACCACCAGAGGUUGCAAACAGGUACUUGAGUCAGCUCAAAGAUUCACAUCUUGAUCACCCAUUCAUAAAGGAGUACCUUCAGAAAGAAUCUGAGUUCGACCAGUUGGUGUCACAGUAUGCACCUGCAGCAUCAGUAUAAUGUUAAUGAAUGCAACUCUGUGGCAGUGAAUGAAAGAACAGACAAAUUUUUGUGGGAAUAUUAAUGCAGAUGAAUGCACAGUCCUGCAAUAAAGUUAAUGGCAGAUCCA